AUGUUGAGCAGUUUGUUCAUUCUUGCAGAUACAGGUGAUAUUAUCAUCGAGAAACAUUGGAGAGGUACAAUUAAUAGAACAAUAUGCGAACAGUUCUGGGAUCAUAAGUUGGAGGCAGAGAAGAAUGGUACUGCUGUGUUGCCUAUUAUAACGACACCAAAGUAUUACUUGAUCAACAUACACCGUCCAUCAAUCUAUCUGCUGGGCGUGGCACAGUGCGAGAGCUCACCACUGCUCGUCGUCGACUUUUUGCACCGCAUCUACGACAUCUUUGUUGACUACUUUGGUCAGACCAUCAACGAAGCCUCCAUCAGGGACAACUUUGUUCAUGUCUACCAACUAUUGGAUGAGAUGGCCGACAAUGGUUUCCCAUUCACCACCGAGCCCAACUUCCUAAAGGAGCUCAUCAAGCCACCCAACGUCGUUUCCAACAUCCUUCAUGGUGUCACAGGUUCAUCAAGUGUAUCCGAUAUUCUUCCAACUGGAUCUCUCGGAGCCAUUCAAUGGCGUAAGACAGGCCUCAAGUAUACAUCAAAUGAGAUCUUCUUUGAUAUCAUCGAGGAGAUUGAUUGUAUUAUUGAUAACAAUGGAUUCAUCGUAUCUUGUGAAGUCAAUGGAGAGAUACAGGUCAACUGCAAACUUAGUGGAAUGCCAGACUUAACAUUGACCUUUAAUAAUCCAAGGAUGUUGGACGAUUGCAGCUUCCAUCCAUGUGUAAGAUACUCGAGAUGGGAGAACGACAGAGUGCUGAGCUUCAUCCCAGCGGACGGCAACUUCAAGCUGAUGAGCUACAGGAUCAAGGGUGUCAAUCAGCUGCCCGUCUACGUUAAACCACAGAUCAGCUUUGGCGAGGGCGGUGGCCGCGUCAACGUGAUGGUCGGACAGAAGAUCCCCACGGCCAAGGUGGUCGAAUCAGUGUUUGUUACAAUACCCUUCCCCAAGACGGUGUCGGCCAUCAACCUGAGCGCCAACGUUGGCGCUCACGUCAUUGAGGACUCGACAAAGACCUGCAAAUGGAACAUUGGCAAGAUCCCAAAGGACAAGACGCCCAUGCUCAACGGCAGCAUCAGUCUGCAAGCUGGUCAGCCCCUACCCGAAUCAAAUCCAUCCAUCAUGGUUCAGUUCAAAAUACCAAUGUAUACUAUCUCUGGUUUAGGUGUUGACUCUCUGGCCUGUAGCGAAAAGUACAAGCCAUAUAAAGGUGUCAGGAGUGUUACUCGCGCUGGCAAGUUCCAGGUCCGUGCAUAA